AUGUUCAAAGCUUUAAACUCUUUUGUGGGAAUAACUGACUUUGUUCUUGGAAAUUGUUUUAGUGUAAUUUUUAUGCUUUCUGGAAAGGAGGAAAUAGAUGCUAGCUUUAUUGAGCUAGAAAAAAUUCUUCAAGAAAGUUUUAGUAACAUAAAAUUCGGAAAGAUUUUACCAUCUGGAUUAAAUGAAAUAUCUGCAAUUAAACAAUUUGAUGUUAAAGAAUUACCUUCAAUAUUGUUAUUUACAUGUGAGAGCUUAAAACCUUAUAAAUUGAUUUCGGGAUAUAAUCCAUCAGAAUUACAUUCAAGCCUUGAAGAAUUAACAAAGAUCCAAAACUUAAACAUUCCAAGCAAAAAUGAAAAGUUUAAGAUUUUAACAAACUUUAAAAGUUUAAUGGUUUUCAUGAAAGGUAUUAAAGAGGAACCAUAUUGUAAAUUUUCAAAAGGACUUGUUUCAUUAUUUGACAGUAUUAAUGUAAAGAAUUAUGGGCAUUAUAAUAUAUUUGAAAAUGAGGAAACUAGACAAGGUCUUAAAGAAUACCAUAAUUGGCCAACUUUUCCUCAAAUAUGUAUUAAUGGAGAAUUUAUUGGAGGAUUAGAUAUUUUAAAUGAAAUGUAUUCCAAUGGCAAUUUAGUCAAUGAAAUACCAAAGGAUGCAUUUUAA